GAUCAAUGGAUUCCAAGGGAUUUGUAGCUGGUAAGCCUCAUGCUGUUUGUGUUCCAGUUCCAGCACAGGGCCACAUAAAGGCUAUGCUCAAACUAGCAAAGCUCCUCCACCAUAGGGGUUUCCACAUAACCUUUGUCAACACAGAGUUCAACCACAAAAGGUUUCUUAGAUCUCUAGGACCCAACUCCCUCGACGGCUUGCCCGAUUUUCGAUUCGAGGCCAUCCCCGAUGGCAUUCCUGCAGGUUCGGAUGAAGAUGCCACCCAAGACGUCACUUUGGUUUCUGAUGCCCUGUUGAAAGAUCUAUUACUGGCUCCUUUUCGAGACCUCCUCUUGAAGCUCAACGGCGAAGAUGGUAGUACUCCGGUGAGCUGCGUAGUUUCAGAUGGUUUCAUGCCGUUCGCCAUCACAGCUGCUGAAGAACUUGGAGUGCCUAGAGUAGCCUUCUUCACUAUUGCUGCUUGCAGCUUUAUGGCAUAUAAACAAUAUCCCACUUUAGUGGAAAAAGGACUUGCACCCCUCAAAGAUGAGAGCUGUUUGACAAAUGGGUUUUUGGACAAGGUAUUAGAUUGGAUUCCAGGCAUCAAAGAUAUCCGUUUACGAGAUUUACCCGCCAACUUCCGAACUACGAACCCCGAUGACAUCCUCUUUAACUUCACCAUGGAAUCAAUGCAUAGAGCUGAUAAGGCUACGGCAAUAAUUCUUCACACUUUUGAUGCUUUGGAGCCUCAUGUUCUGGAGGCGCUCUCAUCUAUGCUUAAGCUCCCACCUGUUUAUGCAAUUGGGCCUCAACAAUUACACCUCAAUCAAUUACCAGAAGACACUUUAAAAGAUAUGGGAGAUAGUCUAUGGAAAGAAGAAACUGGGUGUCUAGAAUGGCUCGAUUCUAAGGAACAGAACUCAGUUAUUUAUGUCAGUUUUGGAAGUAUAGCGGUAAUGUCUCCACAACAUCUUGUAGAGUUUGGUUGGGGACUUGCAAAUAGUAAAGUUCCCUUCUUCUGGGUAAUUAGGCCCGAUUUGGUUGUUGGUGAGUCCGCGAUUUUACCACCGGAGUUUGUAGCUGAAACCAAGGAAAGAGGUCUAAUCGUAAGUUGGUGUCCGCAAGAGCAAGUGCUUAACCACCCAUCAGUUGGAGGGUUUUUGACACACAGCGGUUGGGGUUCGACUAUUGAGAGUUUGUGUGCAGGUGUGCCUAUGCUAUGUUGGCCAUUCUUUUCUGACCAGCUAACAAAUUGUUGGUAUGCUUGUAAUGAAUGGGGCAUUGGCAUGGAGAUUAGUAAUGAUGUAAAGAGACAUGAAGUUGAAAAGCUUGUUAGAGAGUUAAUGGGGGGAGAGAAGGGUGAGAAAAUGAAAAAAAAGGUCUUGGAAUGGAAGAAACUUGCGGAACAAGCUACUGCUCCACAUGGUUCAUCAUCCAUAAACUUUGACAAUUUAGUGCACCAAAUGUUGUCAAAGAAAAAGUAGAUGUUACGCAAUAUUUCCAUGAGAAUUUUGUAUAACUAGUGUAUCGAGUUUCUAUGUAAUAUGUAUCAUUUGCAAUUAAAUAAAAAAUAUAUUAAUUUUUUUU